ACGACCCGCGACCCGCGCCCCGUCUUUCCCCGCGCGCGCAGGGGCUCCGUCUCACAGCGCAGGCGAGAACUGGCACGAUAAGAGAGAAAAGCACGCGCACGCAGUCCGACAGCCACAGGUCUCCAGCCCCGGUCCGCCACAAACGCCACCAUGAGCUCUUAUUUCGUCAACUCGCUCUUCUCCAAAUAUAAGAGCGGGGACUCGCUGCGUCCCAACUACUACGAGUGCGGCUUCGCGCAGGACCUGGCGGCCAGCCGGCCCACCGUGGUCUACGGCCCGGGCUCCGGCGCCACCUUCCAGCACGCGCCGCAGAUCCAGGACUUCUACCACCACAGCUCCUCGUCGCUGCCCAACAACCCCUACCAGCAGAGCCCCUGCGCCGUCACGUGCCACGGGGAGCCGGGCAAUUUCUACGGGUACGACGCCCUGCAGAGGCAGACGUUCUUCGGGAGCCAGGACGCGGAUAUAGUUCAGUACAGCGACUGCAAGCUGGGAGGCGCGACGGGACUCGGGGCUGAGGACGCGGAGGGGACCGAGCAGAGCCCCUCACCCACGCAGCUCUUCCCGUGGAUGAGGCCGCAAGUAGCUGCGGGCCGGAGGCGCGGCCGCCAGACCUACAGCCGCUACCAGACCCUGGAGCUGGAGAAGGAGUUCCUCUUCAACCCCUACCUGACCCGGAAGCGGCGCAUCGAGGUGUCGCACGCGCUGGCGCUGACGGAGCGGCAGGUGAAGAUCUGGUUCCAGAACCGCAGGAUGAAGUGGAAAAAGGAGAACAACAAGGAUAAGUUCCCCAGCAGCAAAAGCGAGCAGGAGGCGGUGGAGAGGGAGCGCAGGGAGAAGGAGCUGCGGGAGGGCGGGGGGGGCAGCGGCAGCGAGGGCGGGGGGGGGGGGGGGGGGGGGGGGCUGGACGGGACUGGACAGGGACUGGACAUUUGCGAUGGGUCCGGUUCUGUGUAG